AUGAAGGCCUUUUACUCCUUUCCUCUCAUCUUCCUUCCCACUCUAGUCACUGCAAUCCCCAGUGAUCUCGCCGCUGUCGAGCUAGACAAGAAGGCGUGCAUCCCUUUCAAAAACCCUCUUACCAGUGUCAGCGGUUGCUGUGACACCGUCAGCGCCGAACUCUUCUGGGUAGACAUCCUCCUCGGUAUUGGUGUAUGCUGCCCCGUCGGCCAAGUCCUCGACGGCUUCAACUGCGUCGCCCCAACGUUCACUGGCAAACCCGUCUGCGCCAAUAAAACCGGCACCGACAUUGGUAUUCAGUAUGGUCACUGCUACGUCCUCCUCAGCCUGAACAACAACUACCUCGGCCACGACUCAGCCGAAAAAUACGUCGUGAUGGGCGAAAACCCCGGUGUCGUCUUCCGCGUGUGCGGCGAUACUACCACCUGUACGACCUCCGCUGAUCAAUACGUCGGUAUCAACGGCACAUGGUGGAUGCAAGACCAGUUCGGGGACCCCAACGGUAGUGGAUUCGCCUGGCUUGGAGGCUCUGGAGAUCUGUCAAUUGUGAAUUCUACGGAUCUAGCGCUCAUAAUGGGCGGAUCGCCUACUUUCUUUGGCGGUAGUUGUGCUAUUUGCAUUUCUUUCCCACCGGGUGGUGCUCAUGCCCCUUGCCCCCUCUCGCCGGGUCAGUCUCAUUUGGGUAUUGCUGCCAACCCGAAUAGCUGUCAGAACUUUUAUUGGCAAGAAGUGCCAUGCCGCUCGGAGAAGUAG